GUGCUUGCAAAUAGGCCUGAUAUCAUAAGAGAAGAUUACAUGAAUGAACUUUGCAUUCUUCAAGAUGACGUUCCUGCAUUUCCUAAUCAGGUUGCUUUUAACAUCAUAGAAGAGGAAUUGGGCCAGCCUCUUGAAGCUGUUUUCAGCAAAAUUUCUUCAGAAACUAUUGCAGCUGCAAGUUUGGGUCAAGUAUACCGUGCUACUUUACGUGCUUCAGGGGAAGAUGUUGCCAUAAAGGUUCAAAGGCCUCAGAUAGAGCCUAUCAUCUACAGAGAUCUUUUUCUCUUCCGCACUCUGGCUUCAUUCUUGAAUGGCAUCAGUCUACAGAAACUGGGGUGCAACGCGGAGCUUAUAGUUGAUGAAUUUGGUGAGAAGCUAUUGGAGGAGUUGGAUUAUACCUUGGAAGCUCGUAAUAUCGAAGACUUCUUGGAGAAUUUCAAAGAUGAUCCUACUGUUAAAAUACCUCGGGUUUACAGACAGCUUUCUGGUCCACGUGUUUUGGUAAUGGAGUGGAUCGAUGGAAUCCGGUGCACUGAUCCACAGGCAAUCAGAGAGGCAGGAAUUGAUAUAGGUGGAUUUUUGACUGUUGGAGUUAGUGCAGCCUUACGGCAGCUACUUGAAUUUGGCCUAUUCCACGGCGACCCUCACCCUGGGAAUGUCUUUGCCAUGCGUGACGGACGCAUUGCCUAUGUGGAUUUUGGCAAUGUUGCUGUGCUUAGUCAGCAAAAUAAACAGAUUCUGAUUGAUGCUGUUGUGCAUGCGGUGAAUGAGGACUAUGGCGAGAUGGCAAAUGAUUUUACCAGGCUUGGAUUCCUAGCUAGUGGAACUGAUGUUGCCCCCAUUGUUCCAGCAUUAGAAGCAAUAUGGCAAAACUCCCUUGAAAAAGGACUUGCUGAUUUUAAUUUUAGAAGUGUUACAGGCAAAUUCAAUCAACUAGUUUACAACUAUCCUAUCCGGAUACCAGAAAGGUUUUCUCUCGUUAUUCGCUCCCUAUUGACUCAAGAAGGCAUUUGUUUGACCCUGGAACCAGAUUUCAAGUUUCUGGAGGUAGCCUAUCCUUAUGUGGCAAAGCGUCUCCUAACAGAUCCUAACCCAGCUUUACGUGAACGCCUUAUACAGGUUCUGUUCAAGGAUGGUCUCUUCCAGUGGAAACAACUGGAGAACCUGAUAACUCUAGCAAAGGAAAAUGUCACAAAACUGAGCGAAAACCCUGCAUUUCGAGGGAAUAAUAGAGGAACCAGCAAACAUUUGAAGAUUGAACAGAAACUAGACCUCACUGACACAAUCAAGGAUGGAGCUCGACUUUUCAUACUUGAUGAAGGAAUUCGCAGGCAGCUUCUUCUUGCUUUGACCGAAGACUCCAAGCUUCACAUUGAAGAAGUAGUUGAUGUAUAUAGACUGCUUGAAGACCAGGUAGAUGUACCUUCAAUGGCUUUAGGACUAGCACAAGACUUACCAUCUGUUGCUCGAGAUAUAUUGCUUUCAUGAAGUGCCUCUGUAUUAUCAGACCGAUAGUUCCCUUCUGAGUGUAUUCCUCGACGCUGAUAAUAUUUAAAUUUGUUAUCCUUAUGUAAAGUUGAGUUCUCCCUCUCCGCCCUUCCCUUCUUUCUCUUAUUUCUUCUCCUCUUGGUCGCAUUUUUCCUGUGUGAUCCAGGUGGAAUCUCCAAAGUUUUGGGUAAAUAUAUUUGUAUAGUUACAGGGGAAGCAGUAAAGAUAUGAAAGUCGUGUAAUAUGAGAAAUUCGUGUUGAUAACACCAAAAUUUCACAGGUAUGAUGCAACGUGCAAACGUAUCGAAAAGAGAGCAUCAUGUAUAGUAGUGAUUCUUAUGCA